GAGAGUCAUUCAAAGCCUCAGAGGCUCUCGGGUGCACUCAACAAUCAGACGCACUCUCUCACUGACAAAAGCAGGAGGCUGCUGGCAAGCAUAGGAUAAAAGUGAGGAAACUGAUUCAUUUAUUGGUUUUGCCUCUUCCUUAUAUAGCAAAACAUCAUAAUUCCUAGCUAGGAACCAUGGAGCAGACCAUUGGCGGGAGUAGACAACAGCUUGGACAGGAAAAGUAUCAGAUGUGGGAUCUCAACAAACGUCUGGAGUCGUACCUGUCAAGAGUGAAGUUUCUAGAAGAAGAGAAUGAUUUUCUCCGGGGUGAAAUUCAGCAUCUUAAAAGAAACCAAGAUGCCAGGUCAUGGAAGUCCGAGUUUGAAGAAGAGCUCCGUCAAGCAAGACAGAAGUUGGAAGAUGCUUGGAAAGAGUUAGACAAAGCAGAAAUGGAUAAAGAUCGCAUAAGUGAAGAAGUGGAGCUUAUGAGGAGCAAAAGGCAAAAAGAGCAGGAAGCCCAGGGAGCCAUAAAGAAGCAGCUCUCUGACAUGAAAAAGGCACUAGAAGAGGAGAGAAGAGCUCAGAUCUGGUUGAAAGAAAAAGCUGCCCAGCUGGAACAGGAACUCCAGUUGGAGGUGGAAGCUCACCAAGAUGACUCGUCCAGUUUGAAAGCUCAGAUAUCUAUUGCAGCACCUGUACAGACUCAGAGCACUUAUGCUCAUCACAGUCUGCAGGUAGAAGAUUUUGGGAAAUGCUAUGCGGAACGGGCCAGUGAAAUGUGGAAAGCCAUGACAGAAGCCUAUGACCACCAGAUUUCUCACCUUGAAGAAUCUUUAGCUCAAGCUAAGGCUCAGCUCAUCCAAGUUUCUGAAGAGAAAAAAGCAAACUGCCUGCGGUUACAAGGGCUAACCAAAGAGUUAGAGGCAGCUCAGGGUCAGAAAAAGCUGAUUGAGAAGAAUAUGGCUGAAAGAUGGGCACAGCAGCGUAAAGAGUUGGAGAAAAUAGAGGCCUUAAUUGAAACACUGGAAAUGGAAAAGGAGGCACUCAGUGAUCAAAUCUCUCAUAUUCUUGAUGACCGUCAGCAGCUCAUGCAACUGAAAAUGUCACUGUGCCUUGAAGUGGCUACUUACAGAGCUCUUCUGGAUGCUGAAAGUUUGAAAGUAAAGAUGCCUCUAGGAGAAUUACAAAGAUCCUCCUUCAGAAAAGAUAUCAAACUGGAAAAAAGUGAAGGACUUGGACACAAUAUUCAUUCACCUCUGGUCAGGAUUGCUGAAAGUGGGGAAGCUCACAUGAAAAAGAGCUCACCACAGUUUUAUACUCCUUCACAGACAAAAUCUCUCAUGUUAACAUCAACACCUUUUGUGCCUUCAGAAGAAAGCCCUAAAGUACCUCAAAAGAUUAUGAUGGCGACAAGUUUAGUUACAGGAAACACACACAUAGAAAACCUAAAUGCAGCUGUUGAAACCAAGGACAGCACUCCAGUGUCAGUAUCCAGAUCAAAAGGAAACACUGAAGAAGUACUCAGUAACUCAAUGGAAGAGGUGACAUCCAAUGCAUCUCCUCCUGACGUUACACAUGAAAAAGUCACCCAUGGCACAUUCAGUGCUGAAUCAUCAGCUUCAGUGCCAGAUUUUGACGUUGAGCUAACUGCAGAGAAAACAACAGAUACCUUAACUUAUUCAAUACCAUUGUAUGAUCAUAGUAAAAAUGAAACAAGUAGUGAAAAUACAGCUGAACAUUUUAUAAAAGAAAGUAGCGAGAGUCAGGAUUAUUUGGAGAGCUGUGAUGGUAGCAAAACACAUACUAAGGCACUUCCAGUAGAAGUCCAAGAAUACAAUAACAUUGAUGUGCCCGAUACUCAUCAAGAACCCAUAACCAAAGAGCAGGAGGUUCAAAUAACAGAGGAGGAAGGAAAUGACAAAGAAAUGACCAAAGAGAAGACAAUGAAUGUUGCAGAAGGGCCACAGUUUGAACAUCUGGUCUGCAAUACACAAUCACAUAUAAUGAAUGAAACUGAAACACAAAUGACACCUGUGGUCAUUCAUUCAGAUGACACAGUGAAAACUGAACUUGCUUCAGCAUCUACAGUUAAUUAUGUGAAGGAUACAACACUAGAACAUUUGGAUUUAAAAUCUACUGCUAUAGAAAAAGCUGCAGAAACUGACAUAUCUUCAGACCAUCAUGCUAUUGAUGUGAAUGCCAAAGGUAAAGAAAAGGAAGAAGAGUUGCAGCAUGAUCUGGACAGUCCAAUAUCUGAAUCAACAGACAUUGCAGUACAAUCUAUUAGCACAAACAGUGAAAUGAUUAAAGAUCAAAUUUUGGAACUGAAUGAUAUUGAACAAGAAAGUGACACCUGGAAGGCUGAAGAUUCAUCAUCCACUGUUGUGCAAGCUCCUAUAGAUGAAUCAGAAUAUCCCAUAUCAGAAACUGACUUUCUACAAAAUGCUGGUAAAUUAGAGUCAAAUCAGCAUGAUUCUACUAAUGAUAUCACUGAAGUGACCAAAGAGGAUGCAGAAUCAGAACAUAGCAUACAUUUAGUCCCAGGCAACAUGGACUUAAUAAAAGGAAGCCAAGAAAUUAUUACAGAACAGCUAACUUUAGAGAAUGACUUUGAGAAACAGAACAUCCCAGAAACAUCCCUAAGCAAUGGGAAAGGGGGCCUUAUAGAGAGUAUGGAGAGCUGUGCACUUGAUGGGACACUGGCUGAUACAGAUUCACACACUGUACAUGGAAAGAUUUUUGAAAACAAUAGCAGAAAUUUAGAGGAAGAACAUGAGGAGGAAAUUGGCAAAAUGGCAGAGGAAAAUCUGUUCCUAAAAGAGAGCAAACAUGAAGCUCUUUCGAAUACCAUGCCACAGCUUCAAAAUCCAGAAACAGCUGUUUCCCCUGAAGUCUUAGACGAAGGUUUUGAAGAGAAAAUUGCAGAGGAACUUAGAACUGAAACAAAUGUAAUGGAAAGCUUGACACAAGAAGGUAUGGAAGUAGCAAUGGAAAGUGAUGAACACACUGAACUAUAUACUGAAGCAGAGAUUGAAACAGAAGAGGAAGCACAUAUUCAAUUGGAACAUGAAGCAUCCAGUGAUCCUGAGGAAACAUAUGAAAUAAAUCAGGAAGAAAAUACUCAAUUGAGGGGAGAUAGUGAAGGAUUAAAUGGUAUGCAUGUGGAACAAGAUGACUCUCUGGUAAAUGCAAUUAAAGAGGGAGGCAUGUACUCAUUUCACGAAAAUGCCUUGGAAGAUGAGAAAAACAUACACUUAGUGGUGGAGGAGAACAAAGAUGAAUCAACAGCAACAGAAAAUGAAAAAGAUUCAGGUCUCCAGAGUGAGCCUGAAGUGACCCAGGAAACAGCCACACAUUUAACAGCAAACAAUGAAGAGAACUUUUGCCUUCCUGAAGAAAUAGAGAUGGCACAAGAAGAAGAUAUAGCAGAACACGAUGAAGAUAUUAAUUCGAAUAAUGAAACACAUGCAGACAUACAGAUAACAACAGUAAAUCAAGAUGACUCCUCUAAUGAUCCAGAUAAACUUCUGGUGAAAGAUACAUGUUUAACAACAGGUAGUGAAGGAAGUAACAUAUUUAAAACAGAAGAGACAGCCAGUGAGGAAAGAGUAAGGUUAACAGAGGAAAAAGAUGAAGAACCAAAAAUGGAAACACAAUCUCAUUUACCAGUGAAUGAUGAAGGAGAUAUCAUGCAGGAAAAAGGAAUUCACACAAUAGAGGAAAAUGACGAAAAUGGAGACGUUCCUAAACAAACAGAGGUAGAGGAAGAGGAGCCUCAGACAUUGGAAAUUAAAGAUGAUACCAGUCUUUCAAAUGAAACAGAAAUAAACUUGGAGAAAGUUACAAAUCUGAUGGAACUGAAAAGUGAAAAAUGCCUUGGCAAAGAACAGGGUAUACAAGAAAAAAUGGAAAAUGAUGAAUACACAGAUAUAUCUGAAGAAAGAGACACGGAAGAGGAGGAAUAUACAUAUAAUACAUUGGAAAAAGAAAAGGAUGACAGCCUAUCUAAAGAAACAGAGAUCAUUCAGGAAAAAGACAUACAAACAUACAGAGAAAUUGAAGGCGAUGAACACUUUUCUCAAAAGACAGAACUAGAUCAAAUAUCUGAGGAAAUUAAAGAACUCACUACGGCACUUGAAGAAAAAGAAAUAGACCUGGGAGAAGAAUUACAUAUCUCAGGAGAAACUGAAGAACAAACUGACCUAUUUAAAGAAGCAGAAAACGAACAGGGAAAAGACACACUAAUAUCUGAGGAAACUGAAGGAUCUAAAGGAUCAGAGAUGGAUCAUGAAGAACAAAGACAGAUAAUAAUGCAUGCUGAAGAAGAAAUGGGUUUAUCUAAAGAAACUGGGAAAGACCAGAAAGACGAUAAAAUGAUAAGAGAUCAAACUGAAAAUAACAGAGAGACAUUAGAGGAAAUACAAGAAGAUACCAAGUUGCACAAAGAAACCGAACCCAACAUGGAGGAGGACACACAUAUACCAGAAGAAAAGGAAGAAGACAGCAUCUUUUCUAAGGAAACAGAAAUAGAUGAAACCAUAAAGAUACCAGUAGCAAAUCAAGAUGACAUUAAGCUGUCUAAUGAAACAGAAGUUUGCCAAGAACAUGAUAUACUGACAUCAGGUAAAACUGAAGAAGAUGACAGUUUAUUUAAGGAAACAGAGACAGUACAAGAAAAAAGCACACUUAAAAUAGAUGAAAAUCAAGAUGACAUUAGGGUUUCCAAAGAAACAGAUCAAUAUAGAGAUGAAGAAGAAGUAGAAUAUGCCAGUUUAUCUAAAGAAACAGAGAUUGACCAGGAAGAAAUGACAGAGAUAACAGUAAAAACUGAAGAUGUCAUUAGCCUAUCCAAUGAAGCAGAGAUAGAUCAGGAAGAUAAAGAACAGACAGAACUGGAAAAUCAGUAUGAAAUCAUGGUCUCUAAAGAAAGAGAGUUGCAGAAAGAGGAAGAAAUUUUAGCAUUAGAGAAAACAGACGAAUGCAUCAGCUUAUCUAAAGAAACAGAGUUGAAUGAGGAAGAAUAUCGACAGGCAAUAGUGGAAGAAGACAUCAUCUUACUUAAAGAAGCAGAGACAGACCAGGAUGAAAGCAUGGAAUUAUUCAAAGAAAAAGACACCACUUUAUUGAAACAAAUAAAAAUGGAUGAGGUAGAAGACAAACCAACAACAAUGGAAAUCCAAGAUGACAUCAGGAUUUCUCAAGAAGCAGAAGUGUAUCAGGAGGGGGAGGACACCAUGAUAACAGAGAAAACUGAAGAAGACAGCAAACUAUAUCAAGCAGAUCAGACAAAACAGGAAGGUGAAAAACAUGUAUCAGGAGGAACAGAAGAUGAAACCAAUUUAUUGCAAGAAUUUGAAAACGACCAGAAACUAGAUACACAGAAAUCAUCUGCAAACAAUAAUGAUGCAGUUUUUUCAAAAUCAAUAGAGACAGAACAGGAAGAAAACAAACAGAUUGAAACUGAAACUGAAGAAAACAUUACGCCAUCUGAAGAAACAGAGAUAAAGCUGGAGGAUGACAAACUAAUAACAACAGAAAGUGAACAAAAGGAAUCUGAAGACAUGGUGGUGAACCAGGAGAAACAAAUGCAUAUAUCAGAGGAAACCAAAGAAGAUGGAAUUCAUAUACCUACAGAAACAGAGGUAGAUCAUGAAGAAAGCCAACAGAUAAGAAUGGAAAAAGAAACAGAGGAAGAUGGAGAGGAACAUACACUUACAUCAGAAAAAAAUGAAGAAAAUACUACUUUAUCUGAAGAAAUAAAGACAGGCCAGGAAGAAAUCAGUCAUAUGACAGGAGAAACAGAAGAUGACAUUACUCCCUCUAUAUCAGUAAAAAUAGAACAGGAGAAAAAUGAAGAGAUAAAAGCAGAAAUAGAAGAAGAAGAACAUGAAGAACAAGAAGAAAAAGUGAUAAUGCCAGAGGAAGACAAAGACAUAAGAAUGGAAAGUGAAGAUAUGAUUGAUCAGGAGAAUUAUAUACAUUUAUCAAAGGAAACUGAAGACACUGGUUUAUCUAAAGAAGUGGAGAUACAUAGCAUGGUAAUAGGUAAAGAACAGGAAGACGUUAAAAUAUCAGAUGAAACAGAAGAUAACCAAAUGAAGCACGGUCUCAAUAAAGAAGUAGAAAUAGACCAGUGGGAAACCAUACAUACAGACAUAGAAGUUGAAGAGAAUGUCAGUCUGUCUAUUGAAGCAGAAAUAAAGCAAGAGAAAGCCAAAGAGAUAACAAUGGAAACGGAAGAAGACAUAAUCAUAUCUAAAGAAACAGAAAUCAGUCAGGAGCGAAGCACAAAUGCAUUGGAAGAAGGUGAAGAGCAUAUCAUCCUCUGCAUAGAAAGAGAAAUAAAUCAGGUAGAAGACAAGCACUCAGCAGUAGAAAUUAAAGAAGAUGGACAAACAUCUAGAAAAAGUGAAGAUGGUAUGGAAGAUACCAGCCAAUCUGAAGAAAAACAAUUGGAGAAAGAGCAAAUUUAUCAGAUAUCAGAGGAAAAUGAAGAAGACAGCAGCAACUCUGAAGUUAGUGAGAUAGAGGGUGGCGAAAAGAUAAUAGCUGAAAAUGAAGAAGAUAACAAUCUAUGCAAAGGAACAGAUGUGGAACACAAACUUGCAUCCAUAGUACGUGAAGAAGAAGCCAGCUUCCAUAAAGAAACAGCAAUAAAUCUGGAACAAGUGGAAAAUGAAGGAGAAAAUGGCCCAACUAAAGAAGUUGAAAUUGAACAGGAAGAAGACAUGCAAAUAUCAUGUGAAACUAAAGAAGACACUAUCCAAUGUAAAGAAAAGGUAGCGGAGGAAGGAGAUAUUCAGACAUCUGAGGAAAUUAGAGAAGAAGAUAAAGGAAUUGAGACAGACCAAGCAGUAGAAGAAAAAGAAAGCAUUACUCUUACCGUGGAUACUGAAGAAGACACUAACUUAUCCAAAGAAACAGAGGUGGACCAGAAAUAUUACACAGAGACAUCAAAGGAAAGAGAAGAAGAAGUCCAUUUCUCUGGUGAAACAGUAGCAAACCAGGAAGCAGACAAAUGGACAAGAAUGGAAAUUGAAGAAGACACACAUGCAUCAAGUGAAACUGAAGAUGACAUCAUCCUAUCUAAAGAAAAAGAAACGGAAGAAGAAGAGACCAUUCAGAUAUCAACUGAGAAAGACCAAGAAGUUGGAGAAAUAAUAACAGUGGAAGAUAAAGAAGAUGCUCAAGUAAAAGAGAUAGACCAAAAGGAAGAUGCCGAACUAUCAAUGGGAAGUGAAGAAGUAACAAGUCCAUUUCAGGAAACAGAAAGCACACAGAUUGAAGACACACAUAUAAUAGUGGAAAGUAAGGAUGACAAGAGCCUCUCUGUAGAAACAGAGGCAGGCCAGGAGAAAGAAACACAAAUAUUAGGGAAAGUAGAAGAAGACAUUAACAUCUGGAAUGAAACAGAGACAGAUCAGGGGAAUAAAAUAACGUUAACAGCGGAAAUGGAAGAAAACAUUAGUCUAAAUAAAACAAUAGAGACAGACAAUGAUCAAGACACACAAACAUUAUGUGGAAAUGGAGAAGAAAUAAUUCAACCUAAAAAGACAGAAAACCUCCUGGAAGAAGACAAACAUAUAACAGAGGAAACUAAAGGUUACAGCAGCUGGUCUAAAGAAUUAGAAUCAGACCCACAGAUCAUAAGAGAAGAUGAAGAAAAUAUUAAUGUCUCUGAAAAAACAGAGCGAGACCAGGAUAAAGACACACUGAGUUCAGAGGAACAUCAUGAAGAAACCAACCUCUUUAAAGAGGCAGAGAGUAAAGACUAUGACAAUGAAGGGCUCCCAGACAUAAAGUCAGAUGAUAAACUUAAAGAUAUUGAGGGAGAAUGCUCUGAAGAGAUGAGUGUUGAAGUGCAUGAAUGCAGAGAAAUGCAAGAACACAAAGAUAUAGACAUAUUAGCUGAAAGCGUGGGUGGCAUAUCAGAUGAAGUUCACAAAUCAUUAGAUGAUGAAGUCAAAAGUCAACUUGAAGUGUUUGAUUCAUGUUUACCACAGACAUCAGUGGAAGAACAUGCAUCUGCCACGAAUCAAGAUACAGGGAUCAAAGAUUUUGCUGAUGACACAGUUAGCAUAGAAGAAGGGGAAAUGCUUUCGACAAAGACUAAUGUUGAUUUCACCGCAGAGCUCAAUUUACCCAACAAUCUUUACAAGACUUUUGAAAAUUUGACAGAAUUCAGUGCUAACUCUGAAGACUCUGACUUUUCAGAAGCUGACUCACCCAAUGCAUCUUAUGGUCAUACAGCAAGUAGAGGAAUAAGAACAAUAAUACUCGAUGAAGAACCGCAGCAAGAAGUCGUUGAUAGUCAUUUAACAGAAAUGUACAGUGCAUUUGGAGAUAAUAACGAAAGCAAAGAGUCUGAAACAUUUGAAGAACUGCCAAUAGUGCAACACGAUCAUCAGCUAGAAACGGUUAGUAGUUUUCAUACUCUUUCCAUUGAAGUAAAGCCACAGUUGCUAAUGAAUGGAGAACACAAGGGCAAUGAAAACUCAUGUUCAAACUCUUUGAAUGGAAUUUGCUAUGAUCAGACCAACACCUCUCAGGAUAGUCAAGAAGAUAAGACAGAAGAUUUCCCAGAAGAUGUCAUACACCACUUGCAUGACACGAAGGCAGUAGAAACACUGCAAAAGGGAAAAAUGGAAAUUCCAAUUUAUGCUGAAAGUGAGAGUGAGGAAUUCUUAUCAGAUGAAGAAAAAGUGAAAGGAAUAUGUGCAAGUGAAGAACAAGUAGUGAAAGAUAUCAUUGGCUGUAAAGAAGAAGAAGACAAAGAAAAUGACCAGAAGCAAUAAGUAUGAGAGGAGCUGAAAAAGCAAAAGUAAAAAAGCUGUGCAAGAGAAUGGCCAGUGUUUAAACUUUAACAGUUUGCCUUCUUUUUGGACAUUUUGAGGUUACAAUGUUGUGACUUAAAAUCACUGUGAGUUUUCAUGACCAAAACUUUUUCUGAUGAGCAUUAUCAUUUGAAAAAUUUAAUUUUCAUACUGAUAACUUUUGUGUAAUGUAAUAUGCCUUUGCGUGAAACAUAAAAUAUUUAAACUAUAAUGUUGAGAAGGUCGGAGCUGUAAGAAGACAGAAAAUUAUUUCAAGCAUUGAUCUGCAAAAGUUGUGUGCAUCAGAAGAACAAACAGACAAAACUUAAAAGUCAACAGAGAAUAACGCAUGAAACAAAUCAAAUUAGAAUAUUAUUUAUAAAGAAAGUUUCAUAAUAAUGUCAAAAAGAAGAACUGUAAAAUCUAACUGGAAGAGUGAAAAUGUCAAAAGGCAAUAAAGCAGAAACUUGCCUACUUACUGUAUGCCAUUUUGGACAAAUGAACUGAGAAGAGUUAGAUGGACAAACAUCUGAACCUUAAAAUUCUGACACGAGAAAGAGAGACAUAGUUAUGCUGUGUCAACAGUUGCAACGGCAAAAACUGUUGUGCUAACAACACCUGCAUUUACACUAAGUACAUAUUUUCAGUUAAAAGAGUUUAAAUUGAUUGUUUAGAAUUUGACUAAAUAUAUUCCAACUAUUAGUACCCCAUGUCUACAUUUAAUUGACUGUCAGCAUGAAGUUAGACCUGUAUGAUUGUGGACACACUACAAAAAGAUAUCCUUUAUGAACUGCA